CCGCUAUUUCAGUGGUUGUGGUCUGGCCCGGUGGUACAUUUCGUUGUUCCUUAAGUAGUCCUUUGAGUCUAUUUAAUAACACUGUAACUGAUCCUGUCCUCAUAGAUUGCUUUUAAUUGCACAUAUCUUGUCAAUAUGUCGAAGCCUGCAUACAAAGUUGCCGAUAUCGGACUCGCAGAAUGGGGGCGCAAGGCAAUCAUCAUUGCAGAGAACGAAAUGCCCGGGUUGAUGGCGUGCCGCAAAAAAUACGGCCCAUCAAAGAUCCUGAAAGGUGCUCGCAUCACCGGCUGCUUACACAUGACCGUACAGACAGCAGUGCUCAUCGAGACGCUAGUGGAGCUGGGCGCCGAGGUUCAAUGGUCCAGUUGCAACAUCUUCAGUACGCAGGAUCAUGCUGCGGCAGCCAUUGCAGCCACUGGUGUGCCCGUGUAUGCAUGGAAGGGUGAAACCGAUGAGGAAUAUCUGUGGUGCAUUGAGCAGACACUGGUUUUCCCCGAUGGCCAGCCACUGAACAUGAUUCUGGACGAUGGUGGUGAUCUGACAAAUCUGGUGCAUGAACGCUUCCCGCAAUAUCUGAAAGGCAUUAAGGGACUCAGCGAAGAGACGACGACAGGUGUGCAUAAUCUCUACAAGAUGUUUAAGGAAGGACGUCUUGGAGUACCCGCAAUUAAUGUGAACGAUUCAGUGACCAAGAGCAAAUUUGACAAUCUCUAUGGCUGUCGUGAAUCGCUUAUCGAUGGUAUUAAGCGGGCCACCGAUGUUAUGAUUGCCGGCAAGGUUUGCUGCGUCGCGGGCUACGGCGAUGUAGGCAAGGGUUGUGCCCAGGCACUCAAAGGAUUCGGCGGCCGUGUUAUCAUAACUGAAAUCGAUCCUAUUAAUGCACUACAGGCGGCCAUGGAAGGGUACGAGGUGACCACAAUGGAGGAGGCCAGCAAGGAGGCAUCUAUUUAUGUGACCACCACUGGCUGCAGGGACAUUAUUACCGCCGAUCACUUUUUGAAUAUGCCCGAGGAUGCUAUUGUCUGCAACAUUGGACAUUUUGACUGCGAGAUCGACAUCAGCUGGCUAAAUGCGAAUGCCAAGGAGAAGGUGAACGUGAAGCCGCAAGUUGACCGCUAUACCAUGUCCAAUGGUCGCCAUUUGAUUGUGCUGGCCGAAGGUCGUUUGGUUAAUUUGGGUUGUGCCCACGGACAUCCCAGCUUUGUUAUGUCCAACUCCUUCACUAACCAGGUGCUCGCACAAAUCGAGCUGUGGACCAAAUCGGCACAAUAUGCCGUUGGUGUACAUGUUCUACCCAAGCUUCUGGAUGAAGAGGUAGCUAGCUUACACUUGGAGCAGCUGGGCGUGAAGCUUACCAAGCUGACAGAUGUCCAGUCUGCAUAUCUAGGCGUGCCAAAGACGGGGCCAUUUAAACCCGACCACUACAGGUACUGAAUGAGAGCUGCUACAUCUUUGUAUAUGCAAGCGCAUACAUACAUACAUAUAAAUGUAUACGAAUAUUUUUGUACGUGUGUAUGGGGGUAUAAAAUAAAAAUUGCACCAGACCUGCAUUUUGUGUAA